GUGGUCGGCGAGUCGACCCAGCUAUUCCGACCGAACAUCGACUUCUCAUGCUCAUCAUCAGCCGCUAUCGUGUUCAAGCAAGAACGACAUGCAGUGCUUUGUGUCGAAGUGGUCGUGGUGACAUGGCGUCCGUGUUUUAAAUGUUUUAAAAGGUUUUAAAGCGUUAAAAGUUUUGUUUAUUUACAAUGAAUGUGAAUUAUGACCGUGUUUGUAGACUGUGCUUGUCAUCUCGAUGUGAAUUACUACCGAUAUUUCCUACCACCAGUUCGGAUGAGUCGGAUCCUCUUGUCCUUGCUUUGAAAAUCAAAGAUUGCGUGUCAGUACAGAUAAGCGAGAAUGACGACCUGCCUACCAAUGUCUGCAGAAAAUGCAUGGACAAUGUCAACAACUGGCACAUUUUUAAAGCUGUGUGUGAAAGGAGCCAAAACAAAUUACUGUCUCUGACUAACAAGGACAGCAGCCAACUAGAAGAGUUGAAUAUAAAAAGUGAACCUCAAUCUGAUGGAGCUUAUGAUGAUGGAGUGGUCAUUGAUGGAUCAUACCCUGAGAAUGAGAAUGCUGGCCCAUCAAAUAAAGUGCAGCCAGAGGGUCCCCCAAUUUUGGCUUCAUUGGGACUUACACCAAGAAGUGAUAAGGGCAUGGAUAGUGAAAAGGACGAGGAUUAUGAAGAGGAAGAAGAUCGAGAAGAAAUGGCAGAGCCAGAACAGUCUUAUAGAAAUAUGCCCCACAUGCCUGAAGUCUCCAUCACUGUCAUGCGUCCGACUGGCGAAACUCUUCACGCUCGGCAAGGUAUACAACAGAUAGCUUCUAAGGAUUGUCUCGUUUGCGGACGCUCAUACAGAUAUUCUCAUAAUGCACGCAGGCACGAACUGAGUUCUCAUGGUUUCGAUAGAUACACUAACAAAACCACAGCUAAGAAAUCAAAUCACAAUCAUAUGCAACCUAAAUUUAGGCCUAAUCCUUUUAAUCCAAAAGCACGUUUGAUGCCGAAUCCAAUCAGCCACAAAAUGCAAUACAUACCAAAACCGGUUCCUACGAAAAUGAUGCCGCAAAAAAUUGUGGCACCACCAAAACCAAUUCCAAUCAGAACUGCCAAAGCCCCCCAGAACAACUUACCAUACCCCCUUCGUAUUAAAGCUUUAAAAGACUUGCAAAUAAAGAAAAAGGAACCGCAGAUAUUAAAAACAUUACUUACUUCUAAACCGGAAGUUUUAAUAUCUGAACCUGAAAUACUCCACUCAGGACCUGAAAGUCCAGAGACGUUGAUUUCGGAACCUGAAAUAGCAUCGUUUCAAGUGGAGACUAUUUUGUCAGAACCGGGGGGCUUUAUUAAUCAACCGCAUGACGAUGAUGAGGUAGAUGAUGAUAAUAAUCAAGAUCAAAAUUAUGAUACUCUUGACAUGGAAUCUGAUAAUGAAAUCGAAAUUGCACGUCAGCAUGAAAAUAACGUUGAUAUUGAACAAAACCAUAUUGAAAAUGAUGCUGAGGAAAACCCACAAGAAGAAAUCAAUGUGGAAGACGAUCAUGAAAAAGAACAUAUGGAGGAUAAUGGAGACAGUCAAGACAUGAGUGUUGAGAAUAAUAUAGAUGCCGAGAAUGAUGAGAACGCUAAAGAACAUGAUGAUGAUAAUGUUGACAAGGUUAAUAACGACCAAGAUGCAAAUCAUGAAGAUAUUGACGAUGACGAUGAUCUUCCUCCAUUGAGUAUUGCUCCUGUGGUUGAAAUUAAUGAAGAUUUACAGGGUAACUCAUACAAUAGUGAAGGAAAUGAUGAAGAAGACCUAGACGAAACUGUUGAUCCAAAUGACACUAUUGAUGGUGAUGAAACAGGAAAAGAACUAGAUCCUGAUAAAGUGUAUGUUACCAAAACGCAAAGAGAUUUCAUUCUUAAAUACCGUAAUAUUAUUGAACAAAUCAACACAAAGCUUUGUCUCUGUUGUAAUAAAGAACACCCUCGCAGAAAAGCUGUCAUACAACAUUUACAGAAGAAUGGUCACAAAGUUCCUAAACAUACCUGCUAUAAUUGUGUAGUUACAUUCACUCACAUUGGUGCUUUGCUCAGCCACAUGAGAUCUAAUACUUGUACAGAUCUAUGGAAAAUAAUUUACAAUGAAAAUGGAAUUACUGAUGAUAUAGUACUGGAAGAUGAGCCAAAAGAUACGAAAGUUCAAUAUAAAGAUAUCCUAAAUGCAAGAUCUUAUGCAUGCAAAUUGUGUCCAGCCAAAUUUCAGUUGAAGCAGUUUAUAAUGAAGCAUGUUCUAGAUGUUCAUGAAGAUGGCCAAUCUCGAGUCCCUCAUUCCUGCGUUCAUUGCGGUUUACGAUUCAAGGAAAAAAAUAUUGGCAAGAAGCACAUUCGCAACGGAGAUUGUACAGUGUAUAUCGCGUGCGAUUUAUGUUCUGAAAAAUUCCUGAACAUGCAAGACUUUAACGAACACGCUGUGGCCGUUCACGCUGGUAAUUUUGACCCUGAUAGUCAGAGCAAGUGUGUCGACGGUAGACCAACAGAUUGCCCCAUAUGUGGAAAAAAGAACAGCAGCUAUCCCAAUUUGGUUAAACAUUUGCGAGCAAUACAUAAUGAGGAGAAACCUCACCAUUGCCAGCACUGCGAUACCAAAUACGAGCAAGCGGGCGAAUUGAACAAGCACAUUUAUAUGGAGCAUUCCGAUAGAAUGCUAGGCAUGGCACCCACAGAGCCUGAUAUGUCUCUCGUGAAGGAGGAGGCCGAGGAGUACCAUUACUCGUGUACAGAAUGCAACGCCAUUUUCGAGACUGUCGAUGCUUGGACUGACCACCAGGUCGCUGAACACAAUCAGGUCGCUCACCACUGUGACCAGUGCGAAAAGAAAUUCUUACGCCCAUCGGAACUAGCUGAACACAAAAAUACACAUCUCCGAGUCAAAUACUAUCCGUGUAACAUGUGUUCUAACUCAUAUAGCACACCGCAAAAACUAUCUGAGCACGCCCAACAAGUCCAUCCUGGUGCCCCCACGCGCAAUUUUGAUACCGAAUUUUACUGCGAUAUAUGCGUGCGAUCGUUCAAGAGUCGCCAGGCGUACUCUAAUCAUAUGCGUAUUCAUUCCAAAGUGCCGACAACUAACCGGAAACCUGGCGAACCGAAGGGGUUUUCACCUCAGAUAAUCGGAAAGCCUAUUCGCCAAUUUUCUAUGCAACCAGGAUUUAGUCCUUUUGUACCGAAUGCCCCUUACUGCUGUGACAUUUGUGGUAAAGGAUUCAUGCAUAAGAAAAACAUAUGGAAGCACAAGAAGGUUCUUCAUGCAGAUGUACUUAAUGACAGAAACGAUAGUGAGGAAAAUACUAUGCACGCAUCUACAGAAGAAGAUGAUUACAAUGUGGAUGAAAAUGGCGUCAUCUUAUCGACUCCGCAAUUCAACAGUUUUAAUUUUACAAACAUUUCCAAUAGCUCGCAACAGACAUCACAAGAUGCCCUCCCAUACUCCUGUGAAUUGUGUUAUAAACGCUUUCCGCUUAAAACCAGUUUGUGGAAACACAAACGAGCUAAACACGGUAUUGUUAAUACAACUGGUCCGGAUGGCCAAGUGAUACCGACAACGGCAGAAGGGCGGUCAAGUUGCACAAUCUGCAAAAUUACAUUUUCAGAUAAGAAAUCUUAUUACCGUCACAGAAAAAACAUUCACAAGUCUUCUGUUCAAAUGUGCAAAAUUUGUGGGAAACCACUCAACUCGACGCAAGAACUUUACGAGCAUUUAAAAUCGACACACGCUCGCGAACUGUUGGGCUAUGAUGCGAAUCAAGGAACGAGUAAAUCUCAAGAAAUGACGCAAGAGGCGGAUGCCGACUACGAAGCAGAGCAGGAUCUGGUCGAUCCUACUGCUGAGUUCCAAGCGCGAUAUCCUUGUGAUACCUGUGGUAAGCAGUUUGUUGGGUUAUUGGCUUUGCAAAAUCAUCAAUGUAUCAAUCAAAUACAAUCGCAGCCGCAAACCUUCGAUUGCGAAAUAUGUCACAAGAGCUACACUUCGAUCGCCGCUUUGAAGAGCCACCGUGGCUGGCAUUUGAGGUCUCCUGACGGCAAGGCGGCUGCUAAUAACACUGGACUUUGGAUGCCCCAGAAUAAAGUAACGACCAAAAUAAGUAAACACGAGGUCAUUGAAGCACCCCAACCACCAAUAACUCGCUCGUCGCAACCGACGCCGGCGACAAGCGUAGCGAAAAGAAGACUCCCCCCAGAAGUGGAGGUGACUGUUGUCAAUCCCAAUAAGAAGUUGCGUUCCGAUGAUUCUAUCGAAAUGGAUCAACAGAAUAGCAUGUCCGGUGGUACCGAAGAUAGGUACUGUAAUAUUUGUGAUAAAGAGUUCACCAAGCGAGCUGCAUAUCAACGUCACAUGGAUGAGGUGCAUCAACCGAAUUCUGUGUUUUGUCCAGUCUGCGAUAAGAGUUUUACUCGCAAGUCUACUCUUCUAGUGCAUAUGAAAAAACAUUACGAAGGCGGCGAAGGGUCGUCUAGUGUAGGCCAAAUAGAAGAUGACGGGCAUGCGUGUGAUGUUUGCGGCGAUCAGUUUGAUAGUGAGAAGGAUUUGAGUUCACACAAGGCUGUGCACCACGCCGAGGACUCCGGUGAGUCUGAUGACGAGGGGUCCACUUUGGUGCAGCAGCCCGGGGAGUUCACAUGCAGCCAGUGCGGGGACGGCGUCGCCACCCCUCGCGACCUGAUAGCCCACCGUACAAUGCACGCGACACCCUCUAAAUUCUUUUGUAACAUUUGCAAGGUCUAUUUCGCCCGCGCCCUUGACCUCUCCUCGCACACCAGGGCUAGGCACUCUGACAACGAAAAAGUUUUUUUCCCCUGUGCAAUGUGUGACCGAUUUUAUAUGAACAAAAAGAGUUUGCAACGUCACAUUGAAAUGAUGCACUGAUCGUUUAACUGCUUUAAACUCAGACAUGCAAAAUGAGGUUUACUAAAAUUUGAAACUAAGUAAAAAUAAGAGUGGAACAAUGUUUCUAUAGAGUGACUUACGUGAUAUUAAGUGUCAUUUUCUAAUUGUAAAUACGAUUUUCGAUGAUUCUAGGGUGUCCAGUGUGUGAAGAUACUAAAGUAUCAUUUAUUAUACGUUGUCAUUCCUUGGUUGCCGUGGGGCGAAUAGUUUUAAUUUUCAUAUUACAAUCCUGUAUUAGGUAUUUGAUUUUAAAUACUAUGUUUAGGAUUUUGCUCAUGUAUUUUGUUAUUUAUUUUAUUAAUCCAUUAUUACAAUAAUCAUUAGGAAGUUUGUUGGUUUUCCCAACAUUUUUAAUGGUAUGACUCUGGAUUAAGUGAAUAGGUUAGUUUUUACUAUAAUUUAAAACAAUGGUAUUUCAAGUGGAAUGAUAAUUUUAUCUUUUUUAUGUUUUAUGAAAUAUUGGAAAUGGGCCAAAAUUUUGAAAAUAGUCAGUGUCAGUCACUAUACUACAGUGUUAUACUAUUUAUAUUUAUAAGUAUGACAUGUCUUCUUAAUAUUAUAAUAAUUUACCUAUAGCUUGAGUUUAAUUUUAAUUUAAGUGUGUAAAUAUUUACUUUAUUGAAUGCUAAUUAGGGAUUUGAUAAGUUUGAAAAAUGGAAAGGUUUGAUUAAGUUUUAUUAAAAUGUACUGAUUAUUUCAUAGUAACUUCAAAUGUAUAUUUUAUACAAACUAAAUUAACCACUAAGGAUGUGUCUCCCUCAUCUAUGGUUACUAUUCCUCGGAGCCUAAGUUUGUGAAAUUUCUAAAUGUUCGUGUUCCAAUCAUCAGAAAUCUUGCACAAAUAUUACAGUAUAUCAUGUGUUUAUUAAAUGUAGGAAAACAAAAAUAAACACGUUUCGUUAAAUGGCUUCACGUAAAAAGAGCGCUACCGCACUUUGUGAUUCUUACAUUUUCAUUGGAAUAAGUGUCUUACCUAUUGUUAUAGGUAUUUUACCAUACUUUAAUGUUUGUUACACUUAAUCUAACUUUAAUUAACUAUCAACUUUUUCGCAUGUAACUAUAACUCAGUUCCGUAGUGUGAUCAUCAGCGCUCAUUUUACGUUUAAUCAAUAACUAAUAUCGCUUUACGCUACAUGGAAGAAUCCAGAAAUAUAGAGUUUUAAAUAUUGCUUUAAAGUUAGUUGGUAUAUCAUUGUAAAUUUCAAGUUUUUUUUUCUUGAAUGUUCCAACGGUUUCACUUUCAAAAUAAUCAAGUUUCAACAAUCUCUAAAAAGGUUGAAAACGUUUGUUUUUUUUACCUUAAUAACCAGCUAAGAAAACAAAGACUAUGUUUCAAAUCAAAUAAACAAUUAUAAAAUUUAAUGAUUUUAAAAGAACCGUGCCAAAUUACGUGUCUAUGAAUAUUGACAUUAUUUAUUAAGUAUGUAUUUUACAACACUCGACAGAUACUUUUUUUUUAAAUAUCAAUCAUGUAAAUAAAUAAAGGGGAAAUACUUUUACAUACCAAUAUAAUUUAUUUCAGAACGAAUUUUAUUGCAAUAGUUCCAUCGAAAUGGCCGCAUUAGUGAAUCACUUUUUGCUAUUGGGCCGUUUAGUUUGUUGUGCUAUAAGUUUCUCGCAAAGCGAAAGCCUAUACAUUUAUAACUACAUUUAUAUCUAAAUUAUAAUAUACAUCUAUUAGAAAGUAGACCCGACAGACGUUACUGCCUUGAGAAUCUAAAUCGGUCCGAGCGUUUAAAAUGAUUUGAUUGGCAUCAUUCGAGCUAAAUUAAAUAGAAAUGCAGGAUCAGCUUUUCCCCAAUAAUGACAUUAAAUUCACGGAUCGCGGAUGGACGUGGACCUAGUAUUAUCGAACCGGAUCCGAAAACAUUGUAAGCUCAGAUUAAUCCGACUGAAGGAUUGCAACCAACUCCUAGAUACUACAGGCGUACUAGUAAAAUGCGGCAAUACUACUACACUACAUACUACGCUGAAUUUGGCAUGUUCAGGGUGCUUAGAUUGACUACCUACGUUUACUUAUUCGAUCGCGUGCAAGUUUACAACGAUUCGUAUAGAAUCGAAAGAGUGCUAUCUAGAACAAUACUAAAUAUAAACUAAAUAUUUCACGCGAUCGAAUAAACGUUGGUGGAAAAUCUCACUCAAAUAGGCACCGAGUUCAUAUUUAUUGGCUGCGUUCAUAACAGUAGUGGCUUAUAAAACUUUUUAUAUAAAAAUGAUCGGCAGGGUGGUUACGUAUCUCGCGACAGGUUUGCAACGGGCGUAAACCUCGCGAUCAACGCUGUCAAAGGUCACUUUUCAACACAAUAAAUAAACAAAAGUGACGUUUGACAGCAGUCAUCGCAAAAUUUACGCCUGUCGCAAACCUGUCGCGUGAUACGUAAUGACCCUGCCAAUUAAUAGUAUGUUUUCAGCACAGUUAAGGUCGGUACAAAUUCUUAUAUGAAGUGGCAUUUAUGACGCUAUUAUCCUAAUGUAAAACGUAUUUACACGAGUACCAUAUCUAUAAUGAACCAAUCUCUGAACUAAACCAAAUUAGCAGGUCUUAAAGUACUAUCUUUUUGCACAGGUUACGUGAUAAUGAAAACCACUGUUCUUAGAGAUGCCAACUUGGUCUCGUCUAGAGAUUUGUGUGCAUAAUUGGUACAAAGUUUAUUUAGGUAAUUCACUACAGCUAAACAAUCUUAACGUAAACUGCUUGACAAAAAACUGCAAACCCAAGAAUGUAAAUGUUCUCAUAAGCUCAAAACGUAACAUUACGAUUUUUGUAGAUUCUUAAAUGCAUAUAUUUAGAGUGAAAGACAUGUUAAGAUAGUUUUCCUUCAGUUAAUGACCUAAACCGACAGAAUGUGAUUUGAACGAAGCGGAGACCAAACAUCAAUAUAAGUGUGUAAACUUUUCAGUAAACAAAACUUAACCGAUGGUCUAAAGAACCACUACUGGCCAUUUAUGGGUCUUCAUACUCAAUUUUGUUCUAAUUUGUCUUAAAUUGUUAAUCAUAUUUUUCGUUACAUUUGAUGUAGAUUUUAAAAAUAUGAAAACAUGCGCUAAUUUUAUAUUAAAGAAUGUAAUUCUAAACGUUUGUCUAAAAUAGAAUUUACACAAAAACGUAAUGAAAAGUUUGUUUACAUAAUAAGACAAGUUAGAAAUAUAUGGAGUACCUAGAGUGAUUUAAUGUACCGCGUAUUAAUACUUAAGCCAUACCUAAGAGGCGAUUUAUAUGUGCUCACGACAAAUUUCUAUCCCCCUUACUAAUAAACAUUCUAAAGUUGUUGCAUUGUUACGCAAUGUUUUGUCUUCGUCCGGAAAUCAAAUUACUAAUGACUGUGAGUGAGAGAGAGAGAGAGACCAUUGUUUUACUAAUCUCCAGCUUUAAACAAUGUUUAUUAGUAAGGCCAUAUGUAUGUAAAUAGGUACAAUUUAUAAUCAAGUGUCUUAUUGUUUGCAAUUAUAUAAAAAUGGAGAUUAAAUUAAGAAAAGUAUGAAUGUUGAAUUAUCGAAAAAAGGAUUUUUACGUGGAAUCAUCGUUGGUGUACAGUUUAUUACGAAUAUUUUUAAAAGUGAAAAAUCAAUUAAAUAUGCCAGUUAUUAUACCUAAAAUGUAUAAAUUUGUAUUUGCGGUAAAUUGACAGUGUUUAAAUGAAACCUUUUGUACGUACGUACCUACAAUAUUAUAUAGGUACCCAUUAGUUUAUUUGCGCAUACAUCAUAUUUUGUCCAUAGAUGAGGUUUAUUUUUGUCAUCUUUGUGGUUUCAAUAAAGUGACUUAAUAAAA